AUGGCAUUCCAGGCAUUUCUAGCGAUUUUGCUCAAUGUCAUGCUUCUUUUCAUGCCCGAGUCUCUUCGAUGGCUCUUUCAACACGAUCGUCAACAAGAAGCAGCUGAAGUUCUGCGUCGCCUACGAUCGUCAAAUGGCCAAGUGGAUGAGGUGGCUUUGGCGACUACCAUGGCAGAAAUCCAGGACGCGCUAGAACUAGAAAGGGAACAAAAAAGCUGGAUGGAUCUGCUUCGAGAUGAUAACGCCUGGAGUGGGAGUACACCGAUCAGUUAUUACACCACUGUUAUGUAUGAGCUCACCAUCCACAUGUACCUGCCAAUUGCUGACUGCUUGGAACUGCGCAGCUUGGAGGACUCGGUCGGCUUCAGUGGACAUCUUGCUCUACUGAUGUCCGGGUUUUUGCAAGUUUGGUUUCUCGUAGCUUCGUUAGGGGCUUGGUACAGCUUUGAAAAGAUCGGGCGCCGGCGAUCCUUCAUCACCUCUGCACUCGGGAAGGCCGCUGUCAUGACGGUUAUGGCCGCUAUGCUGUCGGUCGAUAAACAGGUUUCGGGAAUUGCUGCUGCGGUGAUGCUAUUUGCUUACCAAACGCUCUACACCUGGGGAUUCAUGGGUGGAAUUUGGUGUUAUGGCCCGGAGAUUCUACCCCUCGCCCACCGCUCGAAGGGUGUCGGUCUCGUCAACGCUUUCCUCUGGCUAUCGACAUUCGUCGUGAUUGAGGUGGUUCUUGUGGCGAUCAAUAACAUUGAGUGGCGGACGUAUAUCAUCUUCGCGGCGUUCAAUAUUGCGUUUGUCCCAAUCGUAUAUUUUUGGUAUCCAGAGACUGCAGGCUUCAGUCUCGAGGCAGUUGAUUUGGCGUUCAUCGACCCAAACAUCUCCCCGGUGAAGAAAGCAGAUGAAUUGUGGAAGCUAAUCCGCCAAUGUCAUGAUGUGACUCUGACGAACCAGAUUAAUCGCAAGGGUGAAGACGCCCGGGCAAGCGAUAUCGAGGCCGUGUGA